GUGACGUCACACUGCGAUGACGUCAUAGACUGUAGCCUAGGCAUAGUUCCUGAAAGACAGUCAGGUGUACGUACAUUUUGCACAAUGGUGGAAAGUUCACUAGUAUAUGUUGAGUUUAGACUCUGGAAUUUGAAGAACCCAGGCGACAUUGAACUUGUCCUAGUGGGCAGCAGUCCAGAUUUAGGUCUAUGGAAUCCUGAAAACGGAACAAGGGCACGAUACAUGAAGAAACUGGAUUUCUGGUUGGUGGAAAAACGCCUCCCUGUUAAUUCCUCCCAUGAUUGGAAAUGGGCGAUGGCUCAUAAAAAUGAAGGCCAAAUUGUUUGGGAGGAAUGCCCAAACAGAAGACUCGAACUAGGAGUUAUCGGAGGGAAUGCUGAUUGUGACUGGAACAGCGCGGGAAGAUUCCAGCAGUCUGAAUGUCUCCUGUUCGCUGCAACGAACUACAAGACAGACACCCCUUCUGAUGCUUUGGUAAUGAUAGGUUCCACUCCGUCGCUUGGGGAGUGGAAUCCUUUUUGCGGUGUGGUGGCUGUAGAAUAUCCUCUGGGGGCAGGGUAUUGGGUGGCCCGGGCUGUGGUUGAGAAGGGGAAACGACAUCAGUGGAAGUGGGCGGUGAUUGAUGAGAACAGGACUGUGAAGAGAUGGGAGGAGAGAAGCAACAGGGAGUUCGAAGCGUCAGAUGAGAUGGUGGAACUUAACGCCCAGUGGAGCUGUGAUUCUCUCGUGGAGGAUUUUGAAGGAGAUGUGGAACCGCUUACAAGUUGCUACUACAAGGGGAAGGAAGCUAUUGACAGCUGUGAGCACAUGCAACAGUACGGGUACUGAUCCGGGUAGGACAGCGGGUACCCGAUAGAACUGAUUCAGAAGACAAGGGCUAUGUUAUGUCAGCUGUUUUUGAACUUUGAAAGACUACUUCUGGUGGACACGCUUUCGCGCUCAAUGUUUUUGUUGUUUUCUUGUAACAUAUACGGCAUAGCGUUAUUUUGAACAAUAUAUGGUAAGAUAUGAUAGUGUUUCUGUGUCAUGUUGAUUGUUUAUAUCGUGUUUAUUCCAAGGUUGAUUAUUACAUAUAUACAGAGCAAAUAUGAAGGGAUCGUGAAUGUUUAGGGGAUGUUUAAAAAAUUGUGUGUUUAGUCCUCGCUGCCCCAAACACAUCCCUAAAAUAUUUAUAUGAUCCUUAUCCAUUUUUGUUCAGGUUUCAGUUUUUGAGUAAUAUAUACACAUGUUUAAUACAGAUGUGUAUUGUUAUACCGUCCUGAUUGAGGAUGUUGUUUUUAUUGUUUAAGCAUCAUUAAAUAAAAGAACAUUGUUUUUGUAA